AUGGAUUGGGGCUCUCUUUUCAAAACAUCCGAAUUUAGGAGAUUCAUGGUCUUCCUUUCAGCAGUCACUGUUGGAGGAUUGAGUCCAGUUGUGUACAAAAUUUAUACAGAAAUCAAGAACAUACCUGGAAAGAGCUUUUUCUUGUACAGAAGAAAGUGCUUGGAAUCGGAUCCAAAUGAAACACAAGAUCCAUUCAAUCCCGAGCAUUAUUUAGACGAAAGAAAAAAUAGCAAAUAUACGAUGAUGAUUAAGGACCUUAAUUUGGAGAUGUCGAAAAUGUUACUUCCUGCAUUUGUGGGAUGUGUAGCUGGAUUUUCAUUAUACAGGUUUUAUUUUCUAAGGAGAAUUAAGAGCUCUCAACCAGGCAAAGUAUUGGUAAUUUAUAGAAAAUUUGAAGGUCCCAAGCAAGGAGAUAAUGAUAUUAUUCGAACUUUAUAUACCAUUCCAGAUAACAAGCCAUUUCCAGUUGGAAAAUUUAUUUAUCCUUGGCAACAUGUUGGAUAUGUAACAGAAGAAAAAGUUAAUUUAAAGCUUGAAGAUUUUAAGGUUUUCUCAAAAGAUGGAAAGGAAAUUCAAAUAACUUUGGACUUAAUUGUUGGAGUUUCUGAAAAAGAUGUAACCCUUUCAUUGUACAGAGCUUCUGCUUAUUUAAUUGAUUUAACAGCAGAACAAAUUAAAGAGAGAGCCCUGGAGUCUGUUCAAGGUGGACUAAUUAAUAACAUCAAGGACUACACUUACAGCGAUAUUGCAGGAAACAUUGUGGAUUUCAAUUAUUAUAUAACACAAAUAGUGACUUGGUAUCUCAAAUAUUUGGGCCUUAUUGUUCACAAAGCUUCACUUGUUCACAUUAAAACACCAGACGGAGACAUUGAUAUUCCCAUCACUCAUCUGAAAUAA